AUGAUGAACUCGCUUGUACGGCACGUGCUGCUCGGCAGUGCCAACCAGAAGACACCUUAUAUGUGCAUGUAUCUGUCUGCUUCUCUUGGUUGUGCAAGGCUAUGGCAGCAUGACAUGUCAGAAAUGUACAGCAUUGGAGGCGGGUCGUGGUUCUUCUUCGGAUGGGACCAGAUGAUGGAUGAAAUUGGCUUCCUCAGCUGUUUGUUGUCUGUCACACUCACGCUUUACGACGACGAUGCUGAGGCAGAGUCUGCAGAGCCUUCAGAGCCUGCAGGCCAAUGGCACAGCUCCUCCACGUCCAGCCAGGGCUCCCGCCAUGGGUCAGACUGCAUUGGACAUCAGGCCGAGGCAGAGGAAUGUGAGCCGGUGCUGCAGCCCGAGAAGGCGGACAGCAGCCCCGGGCUGCGCAGUCGGAGGCCCGCACCUGAGCGGGCAGGCCAAGCUGUCGAGGCGAGGAGGCGCAGCGCCGACCAGGCCGAGGCAGGCAAGACAACCUUUGCAGCUUUAUGGCAGCUUGUCUGGCAUCCGCUCUCUGAAAAGCCUGGUUCUGCUCUCGAGCGGUGCCAAACUAUCGUGGAGUACGUGCGAAUCAUGGCAGAGAUCUCGCUGUCAUUGGCCAGUUUCCGCCUUUUUUUAGCAGCGGGUUUAAUCAAGAUGCGAGUUGGGAGCCCAUGCUGGAAAGACCUCACUUGCCUCUAUGAUCACUAUGAGACACAGCCCAUGCCCAAUUCCGCAGCGUGGUAUUUUCACAACUACACCCCGCGGUCUCUUCUCCGCCUGAUGCAGUGGUUCGCGAUAGACGUAUCAGAAUGCAUUGUUCCAUUCUUGCUCCUGGGGUUUGCAGCAAACGUGGGACCUCUGGGCUUGUUGCGCCGACAUCUUCUGCAACGGGAAGAGUGGUAUCUGCAGUGGUUAGCUCGUUUUCCGGCACGUCUAGUGGGGUCUGUGACCAUCAUGACGUUUGUUUUUGGUAUGUUUAUUGGCGGCAACUACGCCUUCCUGCAUCCUUUGUCGCUGGUGGCACUGGUGGCCUCCAUGGGCACUGUGGAAGACAUCCCCAUGCAGAGAAGGCCGGUGUCUCCUGUCAAAGCUGUCUACCGUUUGGCCGUGCCGUGGCUGACGCUUCUCCUGUUGAUCUUCGCUUUUCUUCCCAGUCUUAGAGCAUAUGCCUGGCUAAUCAUGGGCCAGGAGAGGCUCGGAAUGCUGGAGCCUCUGGGCAGGUCAAGCUUUGUCCGGGCAGCUGAGCAGAUGAACCUGGGAAUCCCUUACAAUCACCACGCUUACUUCGCCGGCGCCGUCCACAAGCGAAACGAGAUGGUCCUCUUUGCGGAAGCUGGUGAAGGCCCUGUUGAGCUGGACAUCCCGUACAAAGUGGGUCGGCUGGACCGUGCACCCCGUCAGACCAGCCCUCUGCACCGACGCUUCGCCUGGCAGUGGUGGUUCCUGGGCCUAGGCAGCGACCCUUCCUGGCUGGUCUCCUUUCUGGAGCUGCUAUGCCAGAAAGAUAAAGUGGCCUGGCAAUCUGUGGAAUGGAACGGCAAAGUGCACGCCAAACUUGACAAGCUUCAAAAAGUUUCAGUGCAGAUGUACACAUACCACUUCUCUACGCUCGAGAGCAAGUUUCGCGCAUGGGAUGAUGCUGUACAUGCUGUACAUAGCCAGGCAGCAGAAGGCUGCCCGAUGAAGCUGGACUCAGACCAGUCCAAUGGCUUCUUCAUGACCAUGGAUGCGCAAGUUGACCAGUUCGCCCGUGUUGUGCGAGCUGACAAGAACCUGAGCAGCGGCUUCAACGCCGUUGGCUUCUCGCAGGGCAAUACCGUGAUCCGUGGCUACAUCCACAAGUACAAUGACCCACCUGUCAGGAGCUUUUUGUCAAUGCACGGCGUCCUCAUGGGCGUGAACGGGCUGCCACAGUGCCCAAUGGAGGUGCCAGGAGUUGGAAUCCUCUGUCGAGCAGUCGAUGCAAUUGUUUCACAUGCUGGGGUGUACACCAGCUUUGUGCAGAACCACUUGGCCCAAGCGAACUACUACCGCGAUGCGGCAAACCUUGGCGAAUACAGGUCCAGCGCCCACUUCUUGCCCUACAUCAACAAUGAGGUCAAGGGCCAGGAGAAUGCUACGUACAAGGAGAAUUUCAAGUCCUUGGAGAAACUGGUGCUGGUAAUGGCGAAGGAUGAUACCAUGGUCCACCCAAAAGAGAGCGAGCACUUCGGCUACUUCAAAGACGGCUCACGGGAGACCUUGGUGGACAUGCACGACGCCCCGUGGUACACCGAAGAUUGGUUUGGCCUCAAGAGCUUGGACCAGGAGAAGAAGAUUGAUUUCUUCUCGACCCCAGGCAACCAUCUGCGCUUCAAGACGGACUUCUUGGUUGACAUGGUCAAGCGGUACUUUGUGACCAGUGGCUCAUCCAUCAUGGUUUGA